AUCCAUAGUAAAACCAAGAAAAGGUGUCUACAAGAAGGAUAAACAAGUAAAAGAUAUGCCGAUCCGAUCUAGCCACUUCUUCCAUAUGGAGAGCUCGGCUAUACUCUCGCUCUUGCGGCACACAGGCAAUUCCAUGGAUUCUAAACACUCAAAGAAAUCUUCUGGAAGCAUCGGUGGCGGGGUACUCAAAAUGUUCAAGCUUUUGCCAAUGCUAUCAUCUGGUUGCAAGGUGGUGAACUUGUUAAGUCGAGGCCAUCGAAAACCUUUACUUAAAGACUUUGCAACUACUGGAACGAUAUUUGGGUUUCGCAAAGGAAGAGUCUUUCUUGCAAUACAAGAAGAUCCUCAUUGCAUGCCAACGUUCAUCAUCGAGCUCCCUAUGCUGACCUCGGCGCUCCAGAAGGAGAUGGCCUCGGAGACCGUGAGAAUUGCGCUAGAAAGCGAGACAAGGACGUCUAGGAAGAAGGUGUUGGAGGAGUAUGUGUGGGGGAUUUACUGUAACGGACGGAAAAUCGGGUAUUCGAUUAGGAGAAAGAACAUGAGUGAAGAGGAGAUGUAUGUAAUUGAUGCAUUAAGAGGUGUUUCAAUGGGAGCUGGAGUUUUACCAUGUAAGAACCAAUACGAGCAAGAGACAGCAGGAGAAAUGACUUACAUGAGAGCUCGAUUUGACAGAGUUAUUGGUUCAAAGGACUCUGAAGCAUUGUAUAUGAUUAAUCCUGAUGGUAGUGGUCAGGGCACAGAGCUUAGUAUCUUCUUUCUCAGGUCUAAUUAAUUGUUGUUACGCUUUUCUUU